UUUUAUUAUAUGAACCUUUUGAAUACAACAGUAGACACUAAACUUGGAACAAUAGCUGAAAUUAACGGCAAUCUAAGUAAAUAUAGUUGAAUGAACGCGUCUUUCUUUAUUUAUUCAUUCAUUGGCUUUAGUCCAUGUAGAAAAUGAAUCGAGUCCAGCUAUAAACGAAGUGGCAGCUAAUAAUGUAGAUAACACCUACUUUUUUUUUCUUUUAGAGAGUCAACUCAUCGCUUUGAUAGAUAACCUUAUACCCUUCUAUUCGCUACAAACAAGUAGAAGACUUGAAACCUGAUUAUGUUUAUACAGCAGCCAAGUCCUCUUCUUCUAUGGUGGAUACGUAUUAUAACGAUAUCAAAUCCACACUUAGUCAACAAUGGCAAGAAAAAUUUCCUAUGAUUGCAGCUACACCUCUUUAUAAACAAGGCAAACGCAUUUAUGACUAUAUCUAUUCGACUUAUUUAAAGCCAUCCGAUGCUAUCCUAGAACACCCUAAAUUCAAUUCAAACAAAGAUACAGUCGUAUACAUGGCUUGGCACCCACACCAGGACAUACUUGCUAUAGUUGAUAAACAUGACGAUGUCUACAUUUAUGAAAAGCAUGAUACUGUCUGGACAUGUCAAGUAUUAAGAGACAUUCAAAUGAAAGACGUAACAGCAUUAGAAUGGAAGCAUAGAUCAGCAGGCACCUUGGCUGUUGGAUGUAAGCAAGGUGUAUGUGUCUGGACAAUACCAAGAGUAGCCACAGAUCAAGAACCUCAAUUCCAUCCCUCAGCUUCUAUGGUCUAUUUGUCCUAUCAAGGUCAUGAUCAUGUAAGUUCACUAGCAUGGGAUCCUACACCCGGUAGUCAUCUCUUGGCUGUUGGUUCCGCUGUCUCGAAUGCACUUGUGAUUUAUGAUAUGUUGCUCAAGAGAACACACGUAUUAAAGAGAUAUGGUCAUGGUUGUAUUAUGUUGCGAUGGAGUCCUAAUGGUGAAUGGUUAUUUGAAGGCGGUUCGAUUGGUACAUCCCGUAUGUGGGACACAAAACACUGGGAAUCAAAGGUGAUCACUGCUUGUUGGGCACCCGAUAAUCGUUCCUUGGUUUUUUCAAUGUAUGGCAAAUCUGAUCUUCAUGUGUUAUUCAUGAGUGGUAAGCAGAUCCAUAGUGUUGUGGAUCAUCCAUUGGCUUCUUUGCCAGUCACUACUGUCACGACUGAAUCUAGAGAGCAGAUCAAGGCUGGUGGUGUGAUUCGCGAUAUUAGUCUGGAUGGCUCCAGAUUGGCUAUUGCUUUUGAAAAUACACCAUUGAUUGCCUUGUAUUCACUUAAACAAGACUCACCUCUUAAUUUGAAUACAGAGCCUAUUCUUUUCCCUAUGUAAGUCAGAAUGAGAUCGUAUUCGUCUCAUUUAUUCGUUUAUUCUAGUGGCUAUGUUCAUGGAUCAAGCGUAUGUAUGGACAACACUGCAAUGUCUGUUACUGCUAUAGAUAGUCAACCACUUGGUAUCUCAUUUUGCAAGAACCAUAAACAAGGCUCAGUCAUGGCUAUCUUAUGGAAGCAUGGACUAGUGACAUUUGUGACUCACAAGUACCUCACAAAUGAAGAAGUGCGAAAAAGA